UCCCUAGUUUCUGGGAGGUUCUAGGAGAUCAUCGUAGAAACACACGUUCACAAUCAACCACUUCAUUUUAAAAUAUUCAAACCUCAAUAUUAUUCCUUUGGGAUCAUCCAACCAAUUUAUUCUAAAUUUGAAGUUAAAUUCCAACCUUAAUAUUACUUCUGAUUUCCAUGUAGCCAAGAGAAAAUAACCCAACAUGAAAAUCAAAUCGUUAUGAAGUUUUAAUAAUCAUAAAAUUUCCUUAAAAUGCAAAUUAUUUCUCAGCAACCAGGUCACGCCCUAAGAUGCUAAUAACUCACCUUUUUUAUUUUUAGUAACCAUUUUUAAUUUGGGGCAUUAAAAAGGGCCUGUGUCAUCUCUAAACUAUUUAACAAUUAACCUUUUCUUUAUCAAGAGCUACUCAUAUUUUAAGUGUUUGAAAAAGUGUAUUUAGGUUUUAAUAUUUCGAAGAAGCACAAGAUCUAGAUAGUUAAAUUGCUUGUUUUUUUUAUAUUUCAAUUUCUCUUGUAUAUCCUGUAUAUAUAUGAUUAAACAGAUUUUCUCUGUCAUUUUCAUCAGUUCAUGGUUAACAUCCAUGUUUGUAUAUGCUUCAUUUUCUUUUUAAUUUUCUUUGCAUUGAGAGUAAGCAUACUCUUUGGAGUUGGACCUUUGCCUAUUUACUUUGUUAAUUAAUAUAAAGAUUUUUUUCACCUAAAGGCCUCUUUUAUGCUUUGGCGCCAUGGGUGUUUGCUUUAGCAAUCCUGAAGGUUCAAUAACAGCUUCAAAAAGUUCAGGUGGAUUUGGAAGUGUUUAUAAGGGAUGGAUCAAUGGCCAGCCAAUUGCUGUGAAGAACCUCAGUGUGUAUUUGGCAAUGGGCGAGGAGCAGUGGCAUAAUGAGCUUGACUUUCUCAGUCGACUUCAUCACAAGAAUCUGAUAAGGCUUAUCGGAUACUGUUCGGAGGGCCAUAAGAUGCUCUUAGUAUAUGAAUUCAUGUCUAAUGGCAGUUUGCAUGAUCACCUUUUCAAAAUUCAACUGGGAACUCUCCCUUGGAAUAUACGCCUCAAAAUCGCUCUUGGAGCUGCUAGGGGACUCAAUUACAUGCAUGAGCCUACGAAGAACAUUGUGUUUCGGGAUUUCAAGUCUGCUAACAUUCUUUUAGAUGGAAACUUCAAUGCAAAGCUAUCGGAUUUUGGAUGGGCAAGGGAUGGGCCUGCAAGUGAUAGAACACAUGUCUCAACCCGAGCUAUUGGAACUCUGGGUUACGCAGCUCCAGAAUACCAUUUGAAUGGUCACCUGUCCCAUAGGUGUGAUGUGUACAGCUUUGGCGUGAUGUUGCUCGAGCUCCUCACAGGACAACUUGCCCAUGUUGCUGAGAGAAAGGAGACAUACCUAGUGGAGUGGACCAAGAGUGAAUUGAAGAGAAACAAGAAGCUCAACAGGAUCAUGGACCCAAGGCUUAAGGACAAAUUCCCGGAGAAAGAGGCCUAUAGAUUAGCCACAGUGGCCAUUCAUUGCGUCCAUGAAGAACCUGAUAAACGCCCCACCAUGGAAAUUGUCGUCAUCGCCUUGGAAGAGAUAGUGCUUCCAUCCGGAAACUAGAGGAGCCAUUAAGGCUUGCCAUGAGAUGUGCCUUUUGUCUCUUUUCCUUCCAAUAAAAUUUCAGUUUUCCUUCUAGUGCUGAACUUUUGUUGUUCGUUUUGCUCUAUUAUCUUUGGAGAUGGUUACCGAUAAGUUUCAGUUUAUGUUUGGGAUUGUAUACAAUGAAUUGGCUAAUUUUCAAGCACAUCAAGCUCUUAAAUAUAA